AUGGGCAAAAAAGCAGCGUCUCCCGCCUAUGUCCUAGGUGUAGGAAUGACCAAAUUUAUCAAACCUCGGGGCAAGGUUGACUAUCAUGAGCUGGGUUUUGAGGCUGGUGUCAAGGCCAUGCUGGAUGCCCACAUCAACUACGAUGAUGUUGAGCAAGGGGUUGCGUGCUACGUCUAUGGUGACAGUACCUGCGGCCAGCGUGUGUUUUAUCAGUUCGGUCUGACACAGAUUCCCAUUUACAAUGUUAACAACAACUGUUCAACGGGCUCCACUGGCUUGGCGAUGGCCCGUACGAUGGUCUCUCACGGGGCCGCUGACUGUGUUCUUGUUGUCGGUUUCGAAAAAAUGAGUCCUGGAAGCCUUCAGUCGGUUUACAAUGACCGAGAGAACCCCACAGGCUUGUUUGGAAUGAUGAUGGCUGAGACCAGGGGAGUCACAAACGCCCCCGGGGCGGCUCAGAUGUUUGGCAACGCUGGUCGGGAGUAUAUAGAGAAGUAUGGGGCGAAAAACGAAGACUUCGCCGAGAUAGGCCGCAUCAAUCACGAGCAUUCCAAGCGCAACCCGUACUCGCAGUUUCAGACCGAAUACACCCUUGAGCAGGUUCUCAAGGCGCCCAUGAUUCACGAACCACUCACUAAGCUGCAGUGCUGCCCGACGUCGGAUGGCGCCGCUGCCGCAGUUAUCGUUUCCCAAGAAUUCCUGGAUGCUCGGCCGCAUCUCAAGGACCAGGCAAUCUUGAUUGCGGGCCAGCAACUGGCCACCGAUAAUAACACCCUAUACAACCGAAGCUCGAUCGACCUGAUGGGUUUCGGAAUGACCCGCAAUGCUUGCCGAGCAGCUGUUAAGGAAGCAGGCGUGAACGUGAAGGAUAUCAAGGUGUGCGAGUUGCACGACUGCUUUUCCGCCAAUGAGAUGAUAACAAUCGACGCACUCGAGCUCUCCGAGCCCGGUAAGGCGCACGAGAUGGUUCGUCGGGGCGACAUCACUUAUGGAGGGAAGAUGGUGAUCAAUCCAUCGGGUGGCCUCAUUUCAAAGGGCCAUCCUCUGGGAGCGACGGGUCUUGCGCAGUGCGCGGAACUGGUGUGGCACUUGCGUGGUUGGGCAAACAACCGGUUGAUCGAUGGAACGGAUGCCGCCCUGCAACACAACCUGGGUCUGGGAGGCGCGGUUGUGGUGACUGUCUACAAGCGAGCAGAUGGAAAAAUUGCGACGUCCGUACCGUCAGACGCUGUUGGAAAGAUCACCGGUCUCGGCUACAACCCGGCUGUUGAAGCCAAGGGCUUUACAGCUGAACAGGCCAAGACGGUUUUGAGUAAGAACCACAGCAGCGAGUGGGCACUAUCCGACACCCAGGACAGGGUUCUCGCUCGUUUCUAG